UGCGGUUUGUAAACUUCGAAAAAAUUUUAUCUCCGGUGAUAGAUCGUCUCAAAAAAUGAAAAAUUCUCAGUCAAAACGUUGAUUAUGUAAAUAAUUUUGAAAUUUUCUUGAAAAUGAAAGUGUGAAUAUCUUUUUCGAAGACUCUGCCAUGCAUUAAUGUGUCUCACAAGCGGUCUAUAAUCGUCUUCCUCUUAUCAGUCAGUACUGAAAGUCAGAAACACUUCGCCGAAUAACACAUUUGAGUAGUUACUCCAGUGCCUUACAAAAAUUCACGAUCCAUCUGCAAUCUGGAUUUUUAGGAAUGAUAACUCUAUGUUAGUGUGCCAACGUUUCGAUACCGGUUUCAAUUCAAACGAACCGAUAUUCCUGAAGAAACAUCGUACAGAACAUUGUCAUUGUAGCAUCGUUAUUUUUUAGAUAUGAAUCACAGAACAUACAAAGCUGCUUUUACUAGAAACAUUUUCAUCGAAUGUACUUCUGUUUGGGAAAAAUCCAGCAAUUGAUCGUCGAUUUAUGUCGAAUCAGUAAUCGGAAAUAGAAGGAGAAAUCAACUAUUCUAAAUACUUCCACAUUAAUAAAAUUGUGAUCGUUUCAAACCCCAGCAACCGUUUCGUUCCACGCACCAUGUCCGAAGACACCAAAAACGGAUCCGACUCAUCGUCUCAAGACAAAGAAAACAUCUUGAAACUAACCGAACAACAGCAAAACUUCAUCGACGAAUGUGAAAAACUCUUCGCUAACCGAUACACCGACGAAGAUGCAGAAUACAAGAGUAUUUCAGAAAGUAGUAUCGGAGAUCCACCCAUACUCGAUCCAUGGUACGGUAAACCGAAAAGAAAUUUCAAUUGGUCGGGACGACGAGACGAUAGACGUAGAGAUGACCAUUUUAGAAACGAUCGUCGCGACGAUAGACGUGGUGACAGGUAUAGGAAUUUCGAUGAUAACAGACGACGUGAUGGAUACAGAAACGAUAGACGAGAUGGAUAUCAUAAUCGUGACGAUGGACGGUAUAGAAAUAGGUAUCAGAAUAACUAUCGUGAUCACAGACAGUAUUAAAAAAUUCGCCGGUAGAUAUCUUCGGAAUGAGCAUCGUGAUAAUAGACAGCUUUAAGGAAUUUGCCAACAUUAUUGUCGGUGUACCUUAUUUAUUUGACCUAAAUGGUUCGAUUUGUUUGAAAUUUCUGAAUUUUUGAUAUUUAUUUUUUUUUGCGGUGGAAGAAAUAAUAAUUGUUGUGUGUGAUUAAUUGUAAUGUAUUUUCGUCGAUCCCGAAUUCAUCAUUUUUUCUUAUGUGAUUGUGUAUUUUUCGAUUUUCGUUUAUUUAUGAUUUUUUUUUUCGCGUAAAAAGUAUAAUUUGUGUCUUAUACUUAAUAAAACGUUACAUGUCAAGGUUUAUUAAGUGAUCGUCGUGUAUUUUUUCAUGGUCCAAUUGUAUAAUUAUUAUAAUAUUUAUUAAAAUGGAAGUAUUUUUCAA